AUGGCACAAUCUCGCAGGUGGCUGUAUGUCCAGGCCAUCUUCUGGCGCUUCCUAAUGCGCAUCGGCAUGUUCCUCCAUGACAUCGCUCCGCCGCGCGUCCCCAAGCCGUCUUUCACCCGCACCCUCCAACCCGAUUCUCACGGCCGCGCCGUAGUAAUUCACUUCUACUGCCCUCCCGACUAUGAUACGAGACGUCGUCUCGGUCACCGGUUCCCCGUCGCAGUCAACUUCCACGGUGGAGGCUUCACCCUCGGAUGUGCCACCGAUGAUUCCCGCUGGGCAGCCGCCGUCGUGAAAGAAGUCGACGCCGUCGUCGCCAGCGUGAGCUACCGACGAGCCCCCGAAUACCCAUUCCCAACGGCAGUCGAUGAUGGUGUCGAAGCCCUGCUGUAUCUAGCCGCCCACGCCUCCGACCUAUCGCUGGAUGUGAGCCGCGUCGCUCUGAGCGGGUUCUCAGCGGGCGGCAAUCUGGCUGUGACGGUACCGUUGAGACUUCGGGAACGUAUAUCGUCGGAGAUAAAGGAACACUUUGGUCGGGCGGAAUCGACGCAGCAUCUUGUGGAUCAAACCAAUGAGUUGAAUAUCGUCGCUAUUUUCAGUUGGUAUCCUAUUUUGGACUAUAUGGAAUCAAGGGAUCAUCGUCGUGCAAUGAGUAUUAUGCCGGAUAAAUCGCUGCCGGCCUUCUUCACGGACUUGUUUGACGAAGCGUAUAUCCCUGAUCUUGCCGAUCGGGCUUCCCCAUUUGCAUCGCCCGUACGCGCCACCGAUCGUACUCUCUCCGAAGCCCUGCCACGUGAUGUGUUCUUGUUUAUCUGUGAAUGGGAUAUGCUCAUGAAGGAGGGUCAGACCUUUGUGCGUAGAUUAGAAGGUCUUGGGAAGCGUGUGCGUGCGAUGAUGAUUGAAAAGGCAUGCCAUGCUUGGGAUAAGUCGGCCAACCCGUUCCGUGAUCAGGAUAGCGUGGAUAUCCUUUAUCGUGAUGCAUGCGCUUCGAUGAAGGCCAUUUUUGACCGGUAA